AUUCAUAGUUAUUACAGUUGAUUAAGUGCUGACUCAAGUAAAACCUACCGUCCCUGCAUCUAUCCUCAAAAGGAUCGAACCUCCGAGGAACAUGACCUCUGCCAAACCAUGAUACCCCAACCACAUUUCUCCGAUAAAGGCAACAACAUCACAACCUAAAGCUGCUUCACUUCUCAGAUUUGAUUCAACCCAAUUCAGAACAAAGUGUUAUCAUUAAUUCCCACUUAUUCUUCAGUCUUCACACUUUCUCCUUUUCAGUCUUUAGAUCAGAUGCGCUUCAAAAAGGUAGUGUUAGUUCAAACUUGAAACCGCUUAUAAACAUUGAUUAUUGAAUUUCAAAGUGAAAUAUGGCAAUAGCUCGGUUAGUUCGGCAAGCAAAACGACCUUAUGGAUUGUGGGUGAAGAUGACAGCUGUUACUAUGUUGGGUCUUUGCUUUAUCUUUGUUUGGGCAGUGUUUUCUUCUUCAUCAUCUUCUGUCACUUCUCAAAGGGAAAGCUUUGAAGACAUUGCAGAACCAGUGUCCUCUUCUAGGCACCAUAAACCAGAAAAGAGAGAGGGUAGUGGCAACAAGUUGAAAGAUGAAUUUCAUAGUGGCAAAAAGACUAAUGGAUCUUCUUCUGCCACGCGUCCUCACCCUGAACAUAAAGGAAGGGACAAGAAGAACGAGAAGAAAAGGGUGCAUAAGGAAGAUAAAGAGAAACACAAUAAAGGGUCAGAUGAUUCUCAACUCAAUGGUCAAGAAGAGAAAGAUAAGGGUGAAGAAGAGGUGGCGGGGGAGGGUGAUGAAGAAAGAUUGGAAUUGGAUCGUGAGAGUGAAGUGGAUGUGGAUGCGGAUGUUGAUGCAGGCAAUGAUUUGGCUGAAUCUGUGGAUCAGGAUUCUGAGACGUUGGAAGAUGGAAGUGUGGAAGAGGAGUUCAAGAAAACAAGCAAGGGAAAGGUGAAAGGACCCUUGUUUGAUCCAAAUGCUAGCUAUAGGUGGAAAUUGUGUAGCACUAGGAGCAAGCAUAAUUACAUUCCUUGCAUUGAUAUUGAAGUUGGUGGUGGAAAGGUGCCCAGCUACCGUCACACGGAGAGGAGUUGUCCAAGGACACCCGUGAUGUGCCUGGUUCCUCUUCCUCAUGAAGGGUAUGAGUCUCCAUUGCCUUGGCCUGAGAGCAAACUGAAGAUAUUGUAUAAGAAUGUCGCACACCCUAAGCUAGCUGCAUAUAUAAAAAGACAUAGUUGGUUGAUGGAGUCUGGAGAGUACCUUACUUUUCCCCAAAACCAAUCCGAGUUCAAGGGAGGGAUUCAUCACUAUCUUGAGUCCAUUGAAGAGAUGGUACCAGACAUUGAAUGGGGUAAAAAUAUUCGUGUUGUCCUGGACAUUGGAUGUACAGAUUCGAGCUUUGCAGCUACUCUCCUUGAUAAGGAGGUUUUAACAUUAUCACUAGGCUUAAAGACUGAUCUAGUGGACUUAGCUCAGGUGGCGCUUGAGCGGGGUUUCCCAGCAGUGGUUAGUCCCUUUAGUAGAAGGAGGCUUCCUUUUCCAAGUCAAAUUUUUGAUGUUAUACAUUGUGGGGGUUGCAGCAUACCUUGGCAUUCCAAUGGUGGUAAGCUUCUAUUAGAGAUGAAUCGGAUUCUAAGACCUGGUGGAUACUUUCUUAUGUCAACUAAACAUGACAGCAUUGAAGAAGAAGAAGCCAUGACCACGUUGACAGCAUCUAUUUGUUGGAAUGUUCUGGCACAUAAAAGUGAUGAUGUUGGUGAAGUUGGAGUUAAAAUAUAUCAAAAGCCUGAAGGGAAUGACAUAUACGAAUUGAGGAGGAAGAAGAUUCCACCACUUUGCAAAGAAAAUGAAAAUCCUGAUGCAGCCUGGCAUGUUCCAAUGAAGACUUGUUUGCACGCCAUUCCAUCAGGAAUCGAACAACAUGGGGCAGAGUGGCCUGAGGAAUGGCCCAAGAGGCUUGAAUGUUAUUCUGACUGGAUGAACAACAGAGAGAAAUUGGUUGCAGACACCAACCACUGGAAUUCAAUUGUUAAUAAGUCAUAUCUCAAUGGAAUGGGCAUUAACUGGACAAGUAUUCGGAAUGUAAUGGACAUGAAAGCCAUCUAUGGAGGAUUUGCUGCAGCUCUCUCUCAACAGAAGGUGUGGGUGAUGAAUGUAGUACCUGUUCAUGCACCAGACACACUACCCAUAAUUUUUGAACGUGGGCUUAUUGGUGUCUAUCAUGAUUGGUGUGAGUCAUUUGGCACUUAUCCAAGAACAUAUGACCUAUUGCAUGCAGAUCAUUUGUUCUCUCGGCUCAAAAACAGGUGCAAACAGCCAGUGUCCAUUGUUGUUGAGAUGGACCGUAUAUUACGGCCAGGAGGGUGGACAAUUAUACGUGACAAAGUUGAAAUUCUAAAUCCAUUGGAGGAGAUAUUAAGAAGUAUGCAGUGGGAAAUUAGAAUGACUUUCGCUCAGGAUAAGGAGGGUAUCAUAUGUGCACAGAAAACUAUGUGGAGGCCUUAAGUCUCUAUGAUACGCAUAUUUUUUUCCCUUGUAUAAUAACAUCAACCAUAACCACAACCUCAAUUGCCACUAUGAUUUUAUUACCAUGAUCUUCCUUCAA